AUGUCUGUGUCUGAGGUCUCACCCAAACCCAAACACGAUGAACAUACAACUAUCGCAAGUGUCGAUAUCGACUCCAAGGCCGAAAAGGCCUUGGUCUGGAAGUUCGAUCUCCACUUGCUCCCCGUCUUGGCUAUGAUGUACCUUUUCAACAGUCUGGAUAAGUCGAAUUUGGGUAAUGCAAAGACCGCCGGGCUUACAGAGACCUUGCACCUUGUCGACAACCAGUACAGCACUAUUCUCAGUAUAUUCUAUGUUCCAUAUGUUCUCACAGCCCCAUUUCUUGGUUUGCUUGGCAAGAAAUUCGGUCCCAAUGUCGUGUUGCCUUGCAUGAUGUUAGGCUUUGGCCUAUGCACUGUUCUCAUGGUCGCCGUUAAGAACUUCAGUGGUCUACUUGCUAUUCGCUGGUUCCUGGGUAUGGCCGAGAGUGCCUUCUUUCCAUUGGUCAUCUACUACCAAACAACUUUCUAUCGUCGUGGUGAAUUAGCCCGUCGUCUCGCUAUUUUCUACGCUGCCCAGAAUAUCGGCUCCGCCUUUUCUGGCUUACUUGCUUUCGGCGUCUUCCAGAUUCAGUCAGGACCCCUCGCAUCAUGGCGAUACCUCUUCUUGAUCGAAGGCGGCGCAACCCUAAUUUGCGCCGUGUUCGCACUAUGGUAUCUUCCCCGCUCGGCAUCUGAGGCAAGCUUCCUCACGCCCGAAGAGAAAGAACUCGCCUACCUCCGAUUGCAAAUUGACAGUUCGGCCGUCGUUAACGAAAAGCUGAAUAUUCGCGACUCAUUCCGCAUUUUUAAACACUGGACUAGCUGGGCUAUUCUCGCUAUUGAGAUGUGUCUUGGUGUCCCCCUCCAGGGCGUCUCGCUCUUCUUACCUGUUAUUAUCGAGCGUCUGCAAUACAGUACUGUCAAGACGAACUUGUAUACAGUUGCGCCUAACGUUUCCGGAGCAGCUGUGCUGCUCAUUCUAGCCUUCUGCAGUGAUUGGACGAGAUGGCGAUUCCCAUUCAUCGCGCUUGGGUUUUUGUUCACUUUUACCGGAAUGGUGAUUUAUGCCGCCAUUGAUGUUGAGAAUAAUAUUAAUGUGGCUUAUUUUGCUUCCUUCCUCAUGUGUUGGGGUACAUCUGCGCCCUCUGUGCUGCUUGAUGUCUGGUAUAACAACAACAUUGCCAAUGAGGGACAGCGUGUCGUUUUGACUAGUAUUGCCGUUCCUGUGGCUAAUAUGAUGGGUGUUGUUGCUUCGAACAUCUUUCGCAGUCAGGAUGCGCCAAAGUACAUCCCGGCUUUGGUCACUACCGCUGCCUUUGGUGGUGUUGGUAUCGUCUUGACGAUUUCUCUGGGACUUUGGAUGAUGUGGGAUAAUAAGCGGAGAGAUCUAGCUCAGGGUGUGCAUGUGCAGGCUAAAGAUAUCCCGACGGAGAAUCUUCGGGACGGUCCGGCUGGGGAAUGUUUCCGGUGGUUUUAUUAA